AACUUGUUCUGCUUAGUUUGUGAGCUGUCAGGCAGACGUCUGUGGUCAGCCACGUCACCUCCUCUCUGAGGAGCUUCAAUUCUAGUCAACCGUAGACGCCAAUCGGCUUGUGAGCAUGAGUUAAACGUCGAAUGCUUUGUUUUUGUUCACGCAUCGGAAUUCAUCUCACCAGAGUGGGGUUCUCAACGUGCAACGAUUGGCAUUUUUAGUGGCCUUUCACCCCCCCAAGAUCGCUCGUCGAUCCAAGUGUUUCGUUUUUUUUUUGUUUGUUUUUUUAAACUAAGUGCCAUUUCAAAGAUCAAAAUGAAUGUGUUUCGUCUGGCUGGUGACGUGUCGCAUCUGUUGGCAAUUAUUAUUCUGUUAAUUAAGAUAUGGAAAUCCAGAUCAUGUGCAGGCAUUUCUGGGAAGUCUCAGGUGUUGUUUGCUCUUGUCUUCACCACCAGAUACCUGGACUUAUUCACCAUCUUCAUUUCUCCUUACAACACAGUCAUGAAGGUGGUGUUUUUGGCGCUGUCAUACGCUACUGUGUACAUGAUCUACAUGCGCUUCAGGAACACUUUUGACUCUGAGAACGACUCAUUCCGUGUGGAAUUCCUGUUGGUGCCCGCUGUGUGUCUGUCCUUACUUAAGAACUACAAGUUCACUCCUGUGGAGGUGCUUUGGACCUUCUCCAUCUUCCUGGAGUCUGUGGCCAUAUUGCCACAGCUCUUCAUGAUCACCAAGACGGGCGAGGCUGAAUCCAUCACCACCCACUACUUGUUCUUCCUUGGCAUGUACAGAGCCCUGUACAUCGCCAAUUGGCUCUGGCGCUACCACACAGAGGGCUUCUUUGAUCAAAUUGCUGUGGUGGCUGGUGUUGUGCAGACUAUUUUCUACUGUGACUUCUUCUACCUUUAUGUCACAAAAGUGCUAAGAGAAAGAGGAAAAAUGACCCUGCCGAUUCCAGUGUAGCGGCAGAUGAGCUGACAUUCCGUCGACCAAAACAAGUGCUUUAAAUUGAAUUCCUGUUUGGUCGGUGGUGUGUGUACCCCGACUUGUUUGUUGUGGUGUUUCCCUUUUUUUUUUUUUUUUUUUUUUUUUUUUUUUUUAAACUUUAUACGCUGGGAUGCAAACAUGACACUGAAAAUGUAUGUUUUUACGCGCGGCCUAAAUUGGGCACUUUUACAACAAAGUAUAAGAACAUAUUUCUUUGCCAUUAACUGGUGCUCAGAAUGCAGAGACAACCGAAUGCAGUAUCAGGUAUUUUAUUUGGCUCAUUGUCUGCCAUUGAUGGUGAUAGACGUCCAAUCCAUUUGAACUGGGAGGGUUGACAGCCAACGUUCACUCGCUGUCAACUCUCCCAGUUCAAAUGGAUUGGAUGUCUGCUAAUGAUAAAACUCUUUGACUAUCAGUUCAUCUAAUUCAGUUUUCAGUUCAAAGUGACACUCCCUGUUUAUUUUCCUUUCAACCCUUGUUGCCAAGGAUGUGGCCUUUUUAUUCUUUGUUUACUUUAGACUUGAGAUAACGUCAUGGGAGUAAAAGGGCUAAGCAGUUGCAUGAACUCAAGUCAAGCCAAAAAUCUAAUGUUUAACAACAUGUUAUGUAAAUAUACUAUCAAAUUCAAGACACUACUUUAUCUACAAUUGUCAGGGUGCUUUGUUACUUCAAAUGUUCUUACUAAAUUAAAUUGCACAUUUGUUAACAUUGCCUUUAUUCUGAUUGUGGAACAUUCAAAUGAAAGCAUGCUCCUUGGUAUGAGAAAUACAGAAAAUCUUGUGUGAGGGUACGUGACGGAAGGUUGACAGCUUGUGAUCUCUCUCAUUCUUUCAGAAAUGUUUUCCUGUGCUUGUACAGCACCUUACUUCCUUCUCUCACAGCCCCUCCCACCACUUUGGCCGCCGACCUGAUGGAGAACGGCGAGGUAACCAGAGCUGCUGCCUUCUCCGCGACUUUGAUUUUCUUCAAAGCCUUGCUUUUGUUCUUGUUUGCGUCUUGCAUCCCAGCGCCUUCUGCCGCACCUUUUCCUAGCGCGUACAACAGCUCGCACCAGAAGAGUCUUUCGGCCCUCCGGUUGGCUUCCUCUUCUUCUCUCCCACAACUCAUUUUUAACUCUGUCUCUUGCCCUUCUGUUUCGUCAUCCUCCGUGUGAA